AUGAACAAAUAUGCGCCUUGAACCGAAUUCUUGUGCUUCGGUUCGGCUUGCUGAAAAGAUGAACGGUCACUACACAGAGGUGCACUAGCUAAACAAAAUGACGAUAGGACAUGCGAUCUUCUCUGGGCUCCUUUUGAAUUUACUGUAUUUGAUCAUCGUGAUAUCCUCAAGCGUAGAUGUCGAUGUUGAGCAUAAUAAUUCAGAUAGCGAGGAAGGCAGAUUAUGGCGGAAACUAUUCUUAUCCAACUACAAUCCUGAGCUUCGACCUGUUCUGAACACGAGUGAAAAAGUCACAGUCACACUUGGAGUGUCCUUACAUCAAAUCAUUAACGUGGACGAGAAAAACCAAUUGAUGCAAGUGAGCCUAUGGAUUCGUCAGUCAUGGUUCAAUCCAAUCUUAACUUGGAACAAAUCAGAAUACGGAGGAAUGGAUCAGAUAAAUAUAAAGGCAAAUAAAUUGUGGAUACCGGAUAUCUAUCUAUACAACAAUGCCGAUGCAAACCAAGACGGGGCCCUUGACCGAUUCAAAACUAAAAUAGUACUCAGUUCUAACGGUCGGAAUAUGUGGCUCGGCCCAGUACUCUGCACUUUCUCCUGCAAGAUAAACGUCAACUUUUUCCCUUUUGACGAGCAGUUCUGUUCAAUGAAGUUUGGCUCAUGGACGUUCGACGGUUACCAGGUUGACGUCGUGAAAGAGGCAGAUGAAGGUGACAUCAAGAAGUACGUUGUUAACGGAGAAUGGGACUUGAUUGGUAUCCCUGCGCAAAGAAAUGAAGUUAUCUACGUGUGUUGUCCUCAGCCUUACCCAGAUGUGACGUAUACAAUCCAUAUAAGGAGACGAAGCAAAUAUUAUUACGUGAACAUGAUCGUACCAUGCGCGUUGAUAACAUCCCUAACACUGCUGUCGUUUUUCCUCCCCCCUGACUCCGGUGAACGCAUUACAUUGGUGAUUACCAACCUACUGGCCAUGACUGUGUUCAUGUUGAUUGUGGCGGAGAUCAUGCCGGCUACUUCUGAAGUUAUUCCAUUGAUAAGCAUUUAUUACACUGGAAUCAUGUUUGAGGUCGGUCUUUCUUUGGUAGCAACAUGCUUGUCUCUCAAAUGUUAUUAUAACAAUCCGUCAGUGGCAGAGAUUCCCGCAUGGGUGAGAAUAAUUGUCUUGAACUGGCUGGCAAAACUUGUGCGCGUCAAAAUUCCUCCAGGACUCGUGAAAGUCAUCAAAAAACAUUUCAAGGAAAAAGCUGAGGCACGAGAAGAAAUCGAGUUUGAGAGACGUAGUUCAGUUCUCCCUCCUACGGGAAGAUGCGGAGGUGGUAUAUCAUGGCGUACUUCCGCCUUCUCUGAGGGGCGGUCAAGUCACGUAUCAGAGGCAGCGUCGACUUUCGGACUCCCACAGCUGUUCAACACAUGCGCACACUGUUUGGAUACCAUUAACGAAGAGCAGCCGACCACGGAUGAUAGCCCUCCGCAGAAUAUUCCACUCUCCUUGGAGGUCUCCAUGAAAGAAAUGCUUCUUAGGCAGGACAAUUUGUUGAAGAACGUUCGAAGGCUGGUGAGUGUUGUCAGAGAAAAUGAGGCAAACGAAAUUAAGAGGGAGGAAUGGAAAUUAGUCGCCGCUGUUAUCGAUGCUUGUUUCUUUUGGUUGUUUAUGGUGACACUGAUCAUUUCUACUCUGGCGAUUUUUCUACAAGCUCCAUCUUAUUGAAAUUUCUAACGUACAAGU